AGCAAAUACUCAACGUUCACCACUGGGCAGGCACACUGCACAGACAUAAUCAGGGAGAGCUUUGUAAUGAGUCAGGCUGCAGGCCAUGUGACUGCUCACAGGGCUGCAGGGAUUGGCUUAGCCUCUAUGACCUCAUCAAGCUGCCUCUGCCCAUCCCAGCAUCUACUUCCCCCCGCCCCCCUUCCAAUUCCUAACAGGCAUGCACACCACCAACCCUCCUCCCCUCCCUCUCUACCUCCAUCUCUCCGGCUUUCUGUCUUUGGUUCUUUUCCCCUCCAGUUAGCUUUUCCUCUCCUCUGAGCAUCCUCUGCUGAAUGUGUUGCUUAGAGCCGCAGUAGCAGCCGAGGCGGGCGCCACCGCAGCAUCCCUGGAUUAAAGCACGAGCUCUUAUCUGCAGCUCGUCCGACCAGGCCCCCAUCUCUCUCUCUCUCUCUCUCUCUCUCUCUCUCUCUCUCUCUCUCUCUCUCUCUUUGUAUAGACGUCUCUCCCUCGCUCCCUCUUUGGCUGGUUGACAGGCGACUGCUGGGGGUGUUAUAGGCUCACAGUUAGCCAGGGCGUUAGCCACACACAUACACACACACACACACACACACACACACGACCGCUCUGCUGUCCAUCAAUUCCAUCAAUUUCUUCUUCUCAUCUCUGCAUCUGCCGCUUUUCAAUUCAGGCUGCUCUGAGGUAGAGGAAUGCAAAUCUGCAACCAUGAUGGAAGGAUUGAAAAAACGUACCAGGAAGGCCUUUGGUAUACGAAAGAAAGAGAAAGACAAUGACUCAACGGGGUCCCCAGACAGAGAGGGGGGUGAACCCCAAGAGGUUGAAUCGUCUCAGAGGAAGGCCAAUGGAGCCCCAAAUGGAUUCUAUGGAGAAAUCGACUGGGAAAGAUAUAACUCUCCUGAGGUGGAUGAAGAGGGUUAUAGCAUCAGACCCGAAGAUGAGGCGGGGCCGGGGGCUUCUCUCCCACAUUGCCCCAAGUCCCAUUUCUUCUCUUCUGAUGAGUCGGAAGAAGAGGAGGACCACAGGAAAAAGUUCAAGAUUAAGAUUAAGCCCCUUCCAUCUGAUCAAGUUGUGGCCGUGCCCUCGUUUGAAGAACUCAAAGCCUCCGUAGGCAACAUUGCUCUAUCCCCUUCUCCUCUGAGACAUAGCCUGGGGUUGAAAAGGAACACCUCCAGUGAAGACAUUGUCAGACCAAGACGUGUUGUUCCCACUGUGGCCCCCAUAGCUGCUCCUGCACCACAAGCUCUCAGCCGGCAGACACCAGCCUCUGAAGAAUCUACGAAUUUGUUUGGGCCCCCUUUGGAAACAGCAUUUGGAGAACAGAAAUUAGAAGUGGUUCUGUCUGAGUCUGAUGUGUGGGGGGCUUCUGAGUCAGAGCCUGAGUCCUCUUUGACAAGACCCUUCCCCACAGGAACUCCACCACCACUUCCACCCAAGAAUGUUCCAACAUCUCCCCUGACAACAGACCCUGCCUCUGCAGAUGACAAUGAUUUGUCAACAGAAGCUGAGAAUUCCACAAGAAAGACAUCCAUAGCUGACUUGGAUCAUCUCUUUGGACCAGAGCAGGCUCCUCCUGCAAAGGAGGAUACAGGUGACACGUGGGUGUGCUUCAGUGAGCAGUCUCCUAACUGGCCACCUCUCCCAAAGGAACCUGCACCUCCCCUUUCCUUUUCCACACCUCCUCCAGAGGAAGCAGCACCACCAUUACCGGCCUCCCCACCUCCUCCCAAAUCUCCUGCCCCACCGUUGCCUGGAUCACCACCUCCUUCAGAAGACACGGCACCUCAUCUCCCUAAACCUCCUUCUCCAAAAGAAGUUCAGAUUUCCCCUCUAGUAAUUUCGCCACCACCCUCAGAGGAUCCUACUGCACCCUCUAAACCGUCUGGGCCUUCUAAACACAAAGACGGAAAUCUACUCUCGCCCAACACCUCGUCACUCCCUUCACCCAAGGAGUAUGUAUCUCCUCCGACUUCAACUCAUCCACCUGUUGAUUCUCCAGCCAGCAUCCCAACAGCUCCCAAAGCAAGCACGCCUCUAUCGGUGACUUCACCUGAUAUGCACACAGCAAGAUGUUCCAAUCCACCAAUCCAGACAAAGAAUACAGCUGGAACCCCACCCAACGAGGAUGAAGGUGAAAUUGCCACCUCGCCCAAACAUUCAAGUAACGGGAGCCGAACUACGCCUCCACCACCCCCUCCCCCAACGUACCGGGCGGUGGUCUCGUCACCAGGUCCAACAUCAGGGGCAGGUUCCUCUUCUCCAGUACGGCCUGCCACUCCUUCAAUAGUCAACCCCACUCCACCUCCUCCUCCACCCCGCCCCCCUUCACGACCCAAACUUCCUCCAGGAAAACCAAAUGUAGGAGAUACUAAUCGUCCAUUUAGUCCACCCGUUCAUGCGGCCAGCCCCCCUCCAGUUGCUCCAUUGGCUCGGGCAGAGAGCACCUCUUCCAUCUCCUCUACCAACUCCCUGAGUGCUGCCACUACUCCCACCAUCAGUAAAGACCUCUCAGUGUCAGAAGACGAUGCUUAUGUUGACAAGCUGCCUUCAUUUGAGAGACAUUUUGAUUCAUUUGCAGAGAAUGACCAGCCAUCCCUUGUAUGGUUUGACAGAGGGAAGUUUUAUUUAACCUUUGAAGGCUGCUCCAGAGGGCCGAGUCCUCUUACCAUGGGGGCUCAAGACACACUUCCUGUGGCUGCCGCAUUCACAGAGACAGUCAAUGCCUUCUUUAAAGGGGCCGACCCCAGCAAAUGUGUUGUGAAGAUCAUAGGUGAGAUGGUUUUGUCGUUUCCAGCGGGGAUCACACGGCACUUUGCCAAUAACCCGUCCCCCGCUGUGCUAACCUUCAGCAUAACCAACUACAAUCGACUGGAGCAUGUGCUGCCUAACCCCCAGCUGCUCUGCUGUGACACCGCCACACAAGCGAAGGCUGAUGCCAAGGACUUCUGGGUGAACAUGCCAAACCUGAUAGCUCAUCUAAAGAAGGUAUCUGAGCAGAAGCCGCAGGCAACAUACUAUAAUGUGGAUAUGUUGAAGUAUCAGGUAUCAGUGCAGGGUCCUGUGUCCACUCCCAUCAAUCUGGCCAUGAGCUGGCGCUGUGAACCCACCAGCACAGACCUGAGGAUAGACUACAAAUAUAACGGCGAAGCCAUGUCAACGCCGAUGGCGCUGAACAAUGUCCAGUUUCUAGUCCCAGUUGAUGGAGGCGUUUCCAAACUGCAAGCUGUGUUACCUACAGCUGCAUGGAACGCAGAGCAGCAAAGAAUCCUGUGGAAGAUUCCGGACAUCUCACAAAAAUCUGAAAAUGGAGGUGUGGGAUCUUUGUUAGCCCGCUUCCAGCUAACAGAAGGUCCGAGUAAACCGGCACCACUGGCUGUGCAAUUCACUAGUGAGGGCAGUACACUGUCAGGCUGUGAUAUUGAACUGGCUGGGCCUGGUUAUCGCUUCUCACUCGUCAAGAAGAGGUUCGCUGCUGGAAAAUACCUGGCAGACAACUAAUGCAAGAAGAGCAUUGAUGAACAAAUUAACUCCAGGGUUUGGAGGAUGACCCAGAGGACAGACCCACAUUCUUCAUUCACCUAGGCAGAGCCCAGGACCACAGGCUACCCAGCAGUAUUGCAAAACUUUCAUCUAGCAUUGUGGAACCAUUUUAGGUCAUUUAACAAUGGCAUUUGUAAUAAUUUUAUAAUUAUUCAUUUAUUUAAUUACAUCUAAAUUGCUGCUGUUUUGCUCCUGGACUCUUUCCUUACUUUUAAAGUCUGUGCCUCUGGUCAAAGUGUGGUGACUCUUCACUGCAGCUGCCUGACCAGCCAGGUUCUACUGUGGAUGAGGUGACAGUAAAACUUCUUGACUGGAGUCGUAUCGAAAGUCUGAAUGGUUCAAACUCAAAUCCAGGACAACGUACUUAGCACAGAACAAUUUUGUCAGUACUGUAAAAUUAUUUUCAGUGUGGGACCUCUGUCCUCAUUGUCUUUUGCUCCCAGGUACAGUAUUCCCAUCAUCGCGACACCAUUUAAUGUCUUGUCAAUGCUUGUGUGUUAACCACACAUCAUGUAGAAGCUUAAACUUGACGGAUAUUCAUGGCUCAUCCACUGGUUCGACAGGGUCCUUGUACUUUGGAUCACAUCAAUGUUUUCUUUUCCAAUCAAAAUGCACUAAGCAGUCAGUCCAAUUGCUGUUCUAUUUCUUUGCGAUAAUGGAACUGUUUCACAGCCGGUAGGCAGCUGCAAUGAUAAACAGAUCUACUGGUGAUAACAUAAAAAAUAUGUUUUCCCCUAAGAAGAACUAAGUGUACAAAGUGUCAUUUAAAAUCAAUAAUAUAUAUCUUAAAAGGCGUUUGGUGUUUUCCUUGUAUUGUCACAUAGCCUUUCUGUUGUUCCGAGACAGCAGUGAUAACUCCAGAUUACAUGACAGCAUCCUAUUUUUUUCAUUAAGUACAUGAUUUGUUGUAUAAAAUGUGAUUCUGUAUAUGAUUAGAUUUUGAAUGGUAUCACACAACUCUGUACCCUUAAAACUAUAAAUAUUUCAGGGUUUUUGUUUUUUUUUGGUCAUCUGUGUAGUUGAGUAACGUGUACAGUAUAAUGUAUACUUUUUGGAUUUGUUUCAGAUAUAAUUUUUUAAUUAAAGUGCAACAGAAGUUCUGAGCUA